AUGAAAGCAGAUAGAGAGAGACGUGAUUCUCCAACUCUAAAGCUUUACAUAUCUCAACUCCAAGAUUUGGCUUUCAAAGCUGAGAAUCUGCUUGAGACGUACGACGUCGAGGUUCAAUCCAAAAGGGGGCAGAAGAGCCUCAAGGAAAAAUUUCAAAGAUACAUUUGCAUAAUUGGUGAGUGUUGCAGUAUCCACGAAGUUGGAAACGAGGCUCGCAACAUAUUAUCUACCCUGGCCGACCUCACUAACAAGUUAGAGUCCGAGUUGGGACAAGGAAGCUCAUCUCUUUCCCAGAAGGAAGAUGAGCGGCAGCAUCAGUUGAGACAGGAGUAUGCUGAUGAGGAUGAGCAUGAUUUUGUGGGGAUGGAGAAAGACAUCGAGAUUUUGGUGUCAAAGGUAAAGGAUGAUUCCACAAGGAGAGUAGUGAAGAUAUAUGGGAUGGGUGGUCUCGGAAAAACUACUCUCACCAGAAAGGUUUAUAACCACACAGACCUCCAAUCUUAUGCUCGGGCAUGGGUUUGCAUCACCCAACAGUUUCAACCUAAGGCCGUUUUCGUCAAUAUUUUGAAACAACUUGAUAGUAGUGUCAAACAAAAUGAGAUUGAAGGCUUGGAAGAUCGCUGA